GGGAAGAAGAAGUACAGUCGGUGUUGGGACUUUGGAGACGAGGUAGCAAUCUGAAGAGCCAGGAACUUGUAAAGAAAAGAAAACAAGAUCUCCACUUGGGACGUCCAGUAUCUCACUGCAACGUGAACUAAACGAUAAGACUGUUCUACAAUCUUCCUCCGGACACAAUGGCUGACAAUGAGAUAUUUGAUGACCCAGAGAAGCUGAAGAGGGGUCUAGUGAAGGUUCUGGAAUGUGUGGCCACCAUCUCAUCUGCAGCAGCGGUGGUCAAUCCCAUCUUCGGUGUGGCUGGUUCUCUCAUCCGGGUGGUGCUACACCACGUGGACGAUGAAGACAUCCAGAAACUCAAACGUGAGUUUGGCAGCGUGAAUCGAGCCCUGGACGAAAUCUCACAGCAGAACCGUCAAGCCCUGCUGCAAAUCCGAAAGGAAACGCUGGACAAACAGUACCACGAGGUAGAAGAAAACAUUCGCAAUCAGUUCCGCAAAUUCAUGGAGAUCGUGGAGGCCAAACCUGAGCAAGUGCAACGCAAGAAAGAUGAUUUCGUCGAGAGUUUCAUCAAUGAUAAAGAUGACCAGAACAUGUACACGCUUUACGAAGGUGUGAUGGGGAAGCGCAAACUCUUCUCCCAGCCCAUCCUAGACGUCUACAUGAAGCAUUCACAAGGUGACCAGCGCGUCAUGGAAAACCUCUGCACUCGACUCGCGUACCUGUUCUGCAUCGGUUUCAUCGCUCUGAUGGGCUACUACGGCAUCCUGGGGGAUGAUCUGGAAUCACGAAACGAAGAGUGGGAAGAGAAUAUGAGGAACGUGCAGGAGAAAAUGCAGGAGGUGCUGAGGAGAUGCAAGUGAUCAUGAAACCUUUCUGCACAACCAUGCUCUUUAUUCCCUUCGUGCUCCGCCUUUUUUCUCUUACUCUGAUAGAUUUCAUCGACCUGCAGCAUUAUCUUCCUGAUAAUCACAGGUCAUGCUGAAGUAUACACAAUCAUUUCCCCUAAUCUAGGUGUUUUUUUUUUUCACACAG